UUCAUCUCAGUCUCCCGAGAGCACUUCUAAUUGUGCUUUUACUGAGCACUUGGACUAUGGGACAGACCAAAAUGUGUGGAGAGAAGCAAUAUGUUCACGGUGACCUGUGCUGCAACUACUGUAAACCAGGAACUUAUUUGAAGGGAUUUUGCUCUGAAACUGAUCUAUCAUCUGACUGCCAUCCCUGUGAUGAGGGUACUUAUAGAGAUAAAUACCACAACAUUGACCGUUGUACGAAGUGUCCUGCGUGUCCCGAAGGAGCACUGAGAACUGAGAAUUGUACAAAAACCACAAAAGGAAAGUGUACAUGCCGACCUGGCUUCCUGUGCUCUGACCACAGCUGCUCAAGUUGUAAGAAAAGCAACAUCAGUGAAGUGAAUAAUGCACAGAAUGAAGAACUGAAAAAAUGCCCUGGAAAUCAUCAUUUUGAUGAAAAGGAGGGCACCUGCAAGCCAUGGACAAAUUGCAGCGAGAAGGGACUUGUUGAGAUAAUUCAAGGAAACAAAACUCACGACUCUACUUGUGCUAAACCGGAGCCACAAGGAGAUAGCAGAGACUUUCUGUUCUGGUCCAUGGCUGUCAGCUUUGUUGUGCUGUCCCUCACCCUCUUUGUGUUCGUGUCUUACACCUGCUUGAAUAUCCUGUGGAAGAAAUCGAGGAACCGAGCUAAAAAUAAGAUUUCCAUCCAGGCAGUUUUCCCUAAAACUGGUGACCUCAACCUCUCAAAGGAGGAGAGCGGGCUCCAUCUCAUCAUCCAGGAAGAGUUCAAGGAUUCCCCCAAUGGAAGUCAGCUGGAUUUGGAAAAAACUUCCAGUCUUUCAUCAGUCUGAUAAGCCAUAACCAACACUGGGAUAUUUAUGUGUCAUUCUGCAAACCAAAAUGAAGAUUUUUGAUUUUGUCAGGUUCAAACCACAAACCAUCUGUUUUACGAGCAAUAUAUACAAGACAAACAUAAAAUGUCACAUUUGGAACAAAAAGGAUGAGUUUAAGUUUAGAUAGUGGAUGAUGUCUUGCUAAGUUGGAAGUUUUCUGUCCAUCUAAGGAUGAUGGAUUAAAAAUCAAAUGUGCUUUAACAUCUAUCUUAGGCUCAAAAUGACCUAAUUGGAAGAGGCUUUAGCUAAUUGUUUAUUAGAAAUAAUUUAAACAACAAGUUUUUACAAGACUUAGUCAGGCCAUUUGUGUGGCUUCUGAACCAGAUCAAUCUCUUGAUUAAUGUAUUAUAUGACAAAACCUGUUGCUCAAGAGAGGGAGUAUUUGUAUUUUAUAUGUAUUUAAAAGUCAAAUGCAUAUUUUCUGUUGAUCCAAGAAAGAUUUAGAUCAGGCCUACAAAAAAGAGGUCAGUUAAAGUGUAAAACUGAAAUUAGGAUAUA